AUGGCAACUUCACCUAUGCAGACCGAUGGCCCAUCGGCGGGCCAAGAGGGGGGCCGCCGCGACGAGGCCCGCGAGAGCUCUCCCAGCAAGAAGCAAAAAGCUGAGGACGCUGGGGGGCUGACCCUUGAGAUGAUCCGAGAAGCCAUGAGGGCAGAGCUGGGGAGAGAUCGAGAAGAGCUGGGACAAACCAUCGCCCAAGUCAGCCAAAGGGUUGAUGGCAUUGAAGCGGGGGUGACCAAGCAGAUGGAAACCACGAACAAACUCCUGCAGAUUGUCACGACAAACCAUGAUAAACAGACCGACGCGGUCAGCCAGCUCAAGAGCGAGCAAGAGAGGCAGGCCAUGUUCUUGAAGGAAUUCCGAGGAGGGCAAGAAGAACUUGAGCAGCGCUUGGCCCUCCUCGAGAACAAGUUCAAAGGGUCGUCCCUCAACGGGGGGAGUACGGCCGACACUGAAGCUCCCAAGCGACCAGCUCUGAUCAUGGGGGGAUGGCCGGAUGACCAGGCCUCUUCCGAUACACUGCAGAAGGCGAAGGACAUACUCAGGCAACUGGAAGUGCCACUCGACUACAGCGAGAUCUUCGUCCCAGGCCUCAAGCGGGGGUAUGCUAUCAUACCUAUCCCGCAGAAAUGGGGGGAAACAGAAGACCAGCGCCGCGAAACAGUUCAGCAAACCCUACAAAAGGUGCGCCAUGCCAACGUCAUGCUGGGGGUUAACCCCGCGGGGGGACAUCGCAAGCUUUGGAUGUCCUUAUCGCAGUCUCCCGAGCGACGUCGAAAGUCCCGCCUUGCGGGCAAAGUGAAACGAGCAAUGCUGGAGAUGGGUGCUCAGUUGGCCAAACUCGAAGUCGAGUUCUCCACAGGGUCUGUUUGGUACAACUCGGAGAGACUUAGCAGUGCCACCUUGGAAACACCCCAGCAAGCUGAAAGAGCAGGCGCUGGGUGGGUCCGCUUAGACAUGAUGGCCAAGACCUUGGGGAAGCCCCUGGGGGAAGUGCAAGACAGCGUGCUCAGCAGAAUUCACAUUUUCUUGUUUCAGGAAGUAAUCACCGAUGUGGGGCUUUUCUUCGACUCACGUUACAAAUGGACACUGAUCUAUGGCAAGAGAGAGGGAGCCUGGAGAGGAGAGGGGAUACUGUACCACUCGUCACUAGGCCUACACCACAACAGCAAGACACACACGCACGCAGUCAGCACUACCAUACGGAACCACCGCAGCCAGACCAGGAUGAAGCUUAUCGCAGCCCACCUCCCACAUCAUGCAACCACAGAGCAGACCGCAGCACUAGCAGCCGAGUGGGGGGAGCAUAUGCCGCGCAACAAGGUGUGGAUGGGCAUUGAUGCCAACGAGACCUUCACCACCACUCCGGGAGGAGCACCACAAGCACAUUCGAGCCGGGGCGAGGAGCUCCUACACGCCCUGUCCACCUGGAAGCUGGGGAUGCCGCCCCAAAGUAUAGCCACACCCACUUUCCACCCCUACAACACAGCCAUGCAGUCCCGCAGACUAGACUACCUCUGGCAGAAAGGCUACCGAGCUGAGGAAGGAGGAGUCCAUGUGUGCAGGCACCAAGCAUCCUCAGACCAUGACGCCGUCUGGGCCAUCGUAGCCUUUGCUCCCGAGCCCCAACAUCAACGCACACAAUGGGGACCCCGCAGGCUUGCAGGGGACUUCCAGUCCACCCUUGACCGCAACCCCCCCACCACCUGCGGGGAUCCACUCCACGACUUGCGCUUGCUCGCGCAGGCUCUCACAGUGCCAGGGGGGGGAGCCGACCGGUUCCACGAGAGCCCACAACUGCGAGCACAACGACGAGCAGCCCACAAGCUGCCCCAAGGGGGAGCCGCAGCCCGCGCAGCAUGGAAAAGCAUCAGCCGAGCACGCAAGCAAGAGCAGCGAGCCUGGCAGUCGAGCACCAUCCACAAAGCAAGCCAAAUGGACUGGAGAGCAAAACGAUCCUUGGACCAGCUGGGGGGGCGCUCGGGGUGGGAACACCAUCUCCUCGACGACAUCCACUGGCAACACAAGCUUAUCACCCACUUUCGCAGCAUCUUCCACAAAGUACCUCAGCACACCACAGCCCACCACCUUGCAGCCAUUCGCACAGCCCUCACCAUUGCCUGCAAACACCACACGUGGAGGCCCUUCGGCGAAGAAGAGCUGCUCGAGGCGACAGCCACCUGGCACCGAGGCAAAUCCACAGGACCUGACGGCAUCUCACUGGAGGCGCUCAAGGUGCUGCUCCAAGACCCCGAGUGGAGCACACGCCUGACGUACCUCUUCAACGACUUCCUCUAUCGGGGGGCCCGAGAACUCCGAGUUGCGAUCAACGAUAUCCUCACCACCAUCCCCCAAAGUAAUGGGGUGCGCCAGGGGUCACCAGACAGUCCCGUGCUUUUCGCAGCGAUCAUCGCCACAGCCCUCGACGACGUCCUCGGCCGUACCUCGUCGCACCUUCCCCCCAAGGGGGGGCCAAACCCCCCCCAAGCUGGGGGGGCCUUUAUGGACGAUACCUACCUCUGGUCCCACGAUCGAGACCAUUUACAGCGAACACUUGCAGAGUUAGAGGUUCGGUUGGCCAAAGAUGGCUUGGCAAUCCACCCAGGCAAGACGGCCAUUAUCUACAGCGAACCAGAAGGUGCGGGGGACUUCCAGAUCGGGGGGGAGCGCGUCGACUGCCUACCGUUCGGCACCGAGAUCACGGCGCUCGGAUCCCCACUCACCUUCCUGGAGCCGGUUGCAGCCAUCACCACAGCUAUGAACCACAGAGCCCGCAAGGCCUUCGGCAAGCACAGCAAACUACUCUGUGCAAGGACUCCGAUCAAGGCGCGCAUCAAGAUGCACACCACCCUGGUGCGCAAUGCGGCACUAUGGGCCAGCCAAUCAUGGCCGAUCGUGGAAACGCUCCACAAAGCAGUCAACAGCACCCAGCUGCGCCACAUCCGCACCAUGAUGGGGGAUCACAGGCAGCCAGGGGAGACGUGGGUUGAGUGGAACACCCGCAGCCUCAGACGAGCACGAGUACAACUACACCAGUCGGGGGAGCCACGCUGGAGCACCUUUUUGCUAGCACAGACAUGGGGGCUCUAUGGGCACAUGGCUCGCUCCACUCAGGGGGGGGCCGAGAUGCUGCAAUGGAAGAACCUCAAAUGGUGGCGGCAGCAGCAGCACAUCCCCCCCUCUUGGGGGGGUAUCAGGCAUGGUCACCGCUUCAACUCAGAUGCUGACCCCGAAAGGCAAAUUGUGGCCAUCGGGGGACUGGAUUGGAUGCAAGUGGCACAAAACCGGCAAGCCUGGCAAGAUCUCACCCAAACUUUCGUCGAGCGAUUCGAUGUACCCUGGGCCACAGGCAAGCAAGGGAGCAUUGGCAACAUAGCGCCGAUCCGGGGCAGGAGCACACGCCCGGCCCCACCAGUGAAGCGAAAGCUGAGAGCAGGGGGGGGAAGCACAGCACUGCCCGCGGCCCCAUGA